AUGAAAAACGCAAAUUGUGCCUUCUCGUCCACCAGGUACAUGCUGUACGUUCAACUGGACUCAUACAGCCCGGAGGCUUGCGCCGAACUCUGCAACAACCACGAAGGCUGCGACUCCUGUCCGGCCUGCCCAAAUCCUGUUCCCAUUGCCGUUGCUCAAUGUGCCCUCUACUCCCUGCCGGAGGAGGCAUCUUCUUGCACAAACUUCGGCCAGCACAUUGGCCCCGCCGAUGCCAACGGUGAGGCCUUCAAAACUGCUAUGCGCAGCUCCAACGUCUACGCAGCAUACAACAAGAUCGCUGUCAAGCAAGUCACCGUGACUGUCACCACUACCCACCACAUGCACACGACCUUCACCAGGCUUGUCUCACGGAGUGAUAUUUCACAGAGAGAUAUCGCCACUACUAUUGACAAUGGUGAUCGAACGAUCAACAUGACUACUACUGUCACACACACUCGUUCUGCAAAGUCCAAGUCUGUGGCUGUUGGGACCCCGGCUGGUGUUGUCACUGUCACUCGGUCGGCAGAUCCUGCGUCUUACGUUGGUACGGUCACUGUUACCCGUUCGGCAAACCCGACUGCACAUGCUGGCACUACAACCGUUACUCGGACCAGGUCAACUCCCACUGCUCACGCCGGCACUGUCACUGUGACCAGGUCCCAGAGCGCAGGCGCAACGCCCUCCCAGUUCCAGUCUGUCAUCUACACAACCGUCACAUCCUACUACGACAAGCGCGCCGAGCCGUAUACUGCGCCUGCUGAUUGCGUCACCGUCACUGUGGAAGGAGAACCUACAUACGUUGACACUACGACCACGACCAUCAUUAACACGUCUGGCGUGGCGACCGUGACUACCACUGUCCCCAACACCUUACCCGCAGAGGAGACCACGAUCAUCACCAUUGAUGACGCUGCGACACCUACCUACCCUGGCAAGCGCAGCGCUGCUGUCACGGCUGAGCCAAUGAGCACUUUCACGAUUGACGAGAACUACGUGUACACUGGUCCUACGGAUGUGCCUAUGAAGACCUAUACUAUUUACCCAGAUCACUAG